AUGACAGAGAUGACCAAUCUCAAAGCCGAUGUCCUCAUGAACCAAGCUUCCAAUGAGAAACGCCUGAACGAUUUCACGGAAACCUUGCGCAUUUACGCGAGAGAGAACCGAGACCUUGCCAGACUCAUCUACCGUUUCUUCGAAGAGAUAGACGCCAUCUGGAAGGUACUCGGAAAGGACAGAACAUGCAACACCGUACUUCGUGAACACAGAAUUGCCGAAGGUAUUAUCAAAGAAGAGGAAGAAGAGGAAGAAGAAGAAGUUCCUGAAGCCGCUACAUGGGCAACCCUUGUUGCCGAUGACACUUACGAAAUUUCCCAACCCUACCCAUACCAAAUCCGCAACAAGGAGACCGGCAAGGUUCUUACCCCAGUCCUCAACAACUUGGGACACUUGAACCUUAACCUUCGGAAUCGCGGUUCAAUUUCCAUGGGCAAGCUUGUCGCAAUUCAAUGGGUUCCAAAUCCAGACAAGAAGACGAGGGUCAGACACAUUGACGGUGACAAGCUCAACAACCGUAAGGAGAACCUCGAGUGGUUCUAA